AUGAACCGAUGGUUGAACAUUUAUUGCAAGAACACGGGUCUGCACGGUUUUCGUUAUAUAACGAUGGACAGAGCGACGGUGAUCGACAGUGCGUUUUGGUCUGUGGUUUGUAUAUCGUCCAUCAUAUUCUGCGUUAUACUCAUGCUACGUUUAUGGGAUCAUUAUUCCAACAAUCCCAUAGUGACGUCCAUCGAUACGACGAGUCCGAUAUGGACAGUGGCCUUUCCGGCCAUCACGAUAUGCAAUAAUAAUAAGGUUUAUGGUCCGCACGCCGACAUUAUCGCCAAAAGCUUAUAUACGAAUGGGUACAGCAUAGAGGACAGCGACAAAUUUUUCUUUUCCCUCGUAAAGCUGAUACGGCCUGAUAGGAAUUUAGUGAACGAUGUAACUGCGAGAAAGAUUUUUAAUAGUCUUAACAUGACGGUCGAAAUGCUCAUGAAGCGGUUAAUGCAGCCUUGCAGCACAUUAUUGGUAAGAUGCAUUUGGGUCGGACAGAUUUACGAUUGCAACAAGAUCUUUAAACCAAUCAAAUCCAGGGAGGGUUUUUGCUGCGCCUUCAAUUCCCAUUACAAUUUGAACGUCAAGCACAACAAAAUCGGUGAAAAAAUGCACAAUUCGCAUUUUAAUUUCAUCAAUGUCGACAUUACCUCCACAGAUCUACCGGGUGUGCAAAAAAUUCUGAAAGCGCCGGGGAGCGGUCGCGAUGUGGGACUUUCGGUUGCCUUAAACGUCGAGGGUAACACGUACAAGGCUAAUUCGCGCCCUUUCAUAGGGGCCUCUGUGAUGAUACACGACCCGAUUGAUUUUCCCGAUAUUGGUACACACACAGUGUCUGUGUUACCUGAUCACGUUUUGGUGAUAACUGUCUCCAGUACUUCCAUCAAAAGCAUGGAAAGUUUGCGAUAUCUUCCUAUAGAAAAACGUCUGUGCUAUUUCGACGAAGAGGUACCGGGUGAAACUCGUUACAGCUACCAAUCAUGUGUAUCGGAAUGCCUAGCAAAAAAUAUUCAGCGAUUAUGCGGUUGUUUGCCGUUUUAUUAUCCGGAGAAGCACGAAGGAGUAAGAACAUGUUUUCUAUCCGAUCUUGAUUGCCUUUUCAACAUUCGAAGUAUGAAAACAAUUUUUGAUCAUAUACAUUGUAUUUUAUAUAUCUGUCUACCCCAAUGUACCGAUAUAAUGUAUCAUAUCAAUCUAGAAGAUGUUAAGAUGGAUGAUGUGACUUACGAUUCCGAUAUAUCACGUGGCUUGAAUACAAGCCAUCUAUCCUUCUUGAAUGUAUUUUUCGGUGAUCUGACGUACGUCGAGUAUCGUAAGGAGAAUAUAAUCAGUUGGGAUUCGCUUCUCGCAUCCUUCGGCGGGAUCUUUGGUCUCUGUCUCGGCGGUUCCGUGAUGAGCGUGAUAGAAUUGGUUUAUUUCUCGAUCAAACAAUUUUUUAACAAAGUUCUACGACAGCCUCGUAAAAGACAAGAGCGAUCGCGUACAAGUUUGCCGCCGGCGUCGGAAAUGUUUCUGUCGAUUCCUGUGGCGAGGAGAGAAAUUCAAUUACAGAAACCACAAAGCCAUAAGAAAUCGAACGACAAGCGUGUCUUUGUUACGUGGUAUCAACCGGCCUUUUAUCAACGUGAAACGACAAACUAUGACAACGAAUAUCACGAUCGUGUUAAAUUUUAAGAACCUUUUCUGAUAUAUUCUGAUCAAAUCAAUUAUCGCGGCUAAAACAGCUGAUCGAUUUUUCUCAGAUUAAGGAAUACGCGUG